AUGACCUCGGUGACUCACUCGGCCCCCGCAUCCUCGCCUGCUGUACCGCCCCAGCUCAUUCUCCACCUGCGCAACCAAGCUCUGAAACUUGAGGAAGAGAAGUUCAUGAUGAGUGCAACACGACGCGAGGAUCUCCUUCGCGAGCUGUUUGUUCGCGAUGCCAUCGUGAGAAACCGCGAGAUGAGUCCCUUCACCCUCAACUUCUCGAUAGAUGAGAGGCUAUUCAACGACUUCAAGAUGUCGCUCGACAGCGAGAGAGCCACUGCUGAUGCCAGGCGGUCUGUGCCGGACGAUCGUCAAACUGCUUCCAAGUCCGCCGACUCCGAAACGAAAGGAUACGACUUUUAUGCAUGGCAGCUGAAGGUCGCUGCAACCCAACUUACGCCGCUGCUGCAAAAUGCGCCAGUGGCUCUGACGACGAACGAUUGGAUGUUUGCACGCGAUGAGGCCAAGCAGCUCAAGACGCUUCAGCGGAUAGAGCAGCUCAAGAGUACAAACGAGUGGAGCUUCAAGCAGCUCAAGCCCCAGGCUCCGCCACCACGUGCUAAGGUCCAAUGGGACCACCUCCUGGACGAGGCCAAAUGGCUUCGGGAAGACUUUCGACAAGAACGCAAAUGGAAGAUCGCCGCUGCCCGCCAGUUGUCUCUGUGGAUCAUGGAGUGGCAUGGGUCAAGCGACCGAUCGGCCCUGUGCAUCAAAGCUCGCCCUCCGCCCGCUAUAACUGAAACAAGACUCGAAGAAAGCUCGGUAUUUGAUCAAUUCGUAUCGGCCGACGCCGUUGGUCCAUCGAAUAUGCUAUCAGCAGUCAAGAGCGAGACCGAGGAGUCUUCUGCAUAUGCAUCUCGCGAUUACGGUGCUUCCUCUGAGCAGCCGUUGUACCGGCCGGAUGACGAUAAAGUGGUCGCCACAACGACCUCUGCCAAUCGCGGCACCGGUAUCCUCCACGCGGAUGAAAACGGGGAAAACUCGGUUGUUCCAAGCGUUUUGCUGGACCCUGAGUCGCUCAUCUAUCCCCUCGGACCCGAGUUCUCGUCCGAGGCCCUGGAUCUCUAUAUCGAAAGCAAAGCCGGCUCCUCGAAACCCAAAGUCGUUCCGAUGCCGCUCUGGGGCUUUAGUUCGUCGAAGGAUGGCCAAAGCGACAGGGAAUACCGUCCCGACGGCUACUACGAAGAUCGCAUCGUUCCUGUAUCGGCGCUCUUCACACAAAGCCUGGCUGUCUCAGCGAUCGAUCAGUAUCACAAAAAUGAGAAGAGCGUUGCGGGUUCCUUUGCAUCUUCGGCAGAGACCGCACCCCCUUCCUUGCUUUUGCCUCAAGAUAUCCAUACACACGAAUCAAUCUUGGAAUCUCCGCUCUUUGGCUCGCCGAAACGGACGGAUGCUCGAGAUGUGCCACCUCCAUCUUCGCCGGCACCCGCCAGCGAAAACAGUCGACGGCCUCUCAACUGGAACGCCGUCGAGGACGAGCAGCUCCUUCUGUAUGCACCAAUCUUCCAGUUCAAUUGGCUGAUCAUGAGCGACGUCCUGCAGAACGGGCCGGCAUGCAUGAAGGAGCCCAGAACGCCGUGGGACUGCUACCAGCGAUACAAGUCGCUUGCUCUGGCUAGCGACCACACUUCAGCGUCAUCUGUGACAGCGUCAUCGUCCAAAGGCGCGCUGGAGCCUCCCGGUCUCGGCUCGUCGUCCGGGUACUCGGCCAUCGUCAAGUCUAUGGCCUUGAUGACCUCCAAGAAGCGCGCUGAAGCCCGGAGGAGGAUGAAGAAGCAUAUAUUGAUCUUUGAGCACAUCCACGAGUUGAGUGCGGAGAAGAAGCGCAAGGAGCUGGCCUCAAAGUCAACCAAUGUCAACAUCCGCAAGACUGUUCAUGAGACCCAUACGCAGGCCGUGAUGGACCAUGGAUGCCGGCCGCUCAGCCCCAAAACACUGAGCGAGAUGAAGGAUAAGCGCGACCGUGAGCUCAAGAUGGAGAGGCAUGCUGCCGCCGCUGCUGCCGCCGCGGCUCAAGCGCACUCGCUCCAGAAUGUUCGUCCGCCCCACCACGCCAUUGCCCGACCCCCUCCCGGGGUCCCCGCGACCCUUCCACACUCGCCGUACGGAUAUGCAGUGCGACCGAUGAUUCCUGCGCAUAUGCCUCCAAGGUCGCCUGCAGCCCAAGGGCCGAUUCCCAAUGCCGGGGUGCUGGUCACUUCUCAGCCGCAGUCGCCACAAAUCCCGACAGCGGUUACAGCCAACUCGAUCUUGUCACAGCAAAUGCUGCGUACAAUGGCCAUGCGCCCGCACAUGUCCUACUCCGCAAAUCCCAUGCAAGGUGCCGGGAUGAUGAUGCAGUACGCCAACUUGAUUCCGUCCAUGAACCCGAUGGUCCAGGCACAUCUCCAGCAGCCCAUCUCGCGCCCUGGCGAGACUGCCAUGAAUGCUGCCGCCCAUUUUGCGCUGCAACAAGCCAAGCAGCCCGUGCACCCGAUGCUACUGCGCCCACAGCAGAACUUUUCUCAGCACUUUAUCUCCCAGCAUCCCCAACUGCAGAUGCAACAGCUCCAGCAGCUUCAACUUCAACAGCAGCAGCAACAGCAGCAGGCUCUUCAAGAAGGAAUCCAGUCCCAGGCCAGCAUGUCGUCGGUCCUGGGAGUGCCUGUGCCAUCGUCAAUUCCACUUCCUCACCCAAACCCACAAGCACGCGCCUCUCCGGCGCCGCUGUUGAACCCUUCGGGCUCCUCACCCCGAAACUCACCGCGACCAGCCCCCGCAGUUCUCUCCGGACUCAUCGAGGGAGACCCGGGCGUCGGCAUGGGUUCCGCAGGGCCAUCUCCGCUGGGUCAGAAAUGA